CACAGUUUUGGUUAACUCCGGUUUAGUUUAAGCCCACAGAACUGAACCCAACACCACAAUGCUAAAGUUCCACCAUUGGAGAUUUCCGCCGUCCCUCGCCGCCGCGAGAAUGCUCUCAUCAUCACCACCACCACCUCACUCUCAGCCUACCAUCUCCAGCGGUGGCGCGAAUUCAAUCUCAACCGUUGGAAACACCAAACCCAAGUUACUAUCCACUCAAUCCCAACCCAAGAACCUCUCUUCCUCUCCUCUAAAAUCCACGGUGGCUUGCUCGAGCUCUGGCCCUUUCCGACAAACCAUGACUACUGUUUCUAAAUGCUUUUCAACCAAUCCAGAAGCUGUCGGGUCAGCUAAAAGCUCACUCCUCGUGGUUUCUUUCUACAAGUUCGCUGAUUUUCCAGACCAUGCUGAUCUCAGGAAGCCCCUGAAGGAUCUCUGCGAAGAAUUGUGUGUUUCAGGUGGAAUCAUUCUUGCACCGGAAGGUAUCAACGGAAGCAUCUGCGGGAGCCGUGAGUCAGUGGAGAGAGUGUUGGCGUUUAUACAGAGUGAUGUCCGUUUGAGUGGUUUGAGGCAAGUGGAGACGCCUGUGAGUCCUGAACAAGAAGCUAUACACCAUGGUCAUAGCAGUAGCUCUCCUCUUGCAGCUGGUGAAGAUGCUCCGUUUAGAUGGGACCACGUUAGGGUUAAACUCAAGAAAGAGAUUGUUACGCUUGGGAUGCCGAGUGUGUCGCCUAUCGAAAGAGUUGGAACAUAUGUGAGCCCUGAGGAAUGGAAUGAACUGAUCAGUGAUCCUGAAACCGUAGUGAUUGAUGUGAGGAACACAUAUGAGACUAGGAUUGGAAAGUUCAAAGGAGCUGUGGAUCCAUGCACCACAGCUUUCAGACACUUCCCAUCUUGGGUGGAGAGUCAGUUUGCGUUGAAGCAAGAAGAAGGCAAUGAUGAGACUCAAGCAAAGGUGGAGAAAGAAGAGAAAGCUGAGAAACCAAAGGCGCUGCCAAAGAUUGCUAUGUACUGCACUGGGGGAAUCAGAUGUGAGAAAGCUUCAAGCUUUCUUCUUAGCCAAGGCUUCCAAGAGGUGUAUCAUCUGAAAGGUGGGAUACUGAAGUACCUAGAGCAAGUCCCUAGAACAGAGAGCUUGUGGGAAGGAGAAUGCUUUGUGUUCGACAAACGUGUGUCAGUGGAACAUGGUUUAGCGCAAGGAACGCAUAAACUCUGCUAUGGAUGCAAGCAGCCUAUAAGUGAUGAAGACAUGGAAGCUCCGGAGUAUGAGUGUGGAGUCUCUUGUCCUUACUGUUACUCUGAGAAAUCCGAAGAGGAGAAAGAGAGGGCAAGAGCAAGGCAGAGUCAGUUUGAGGAGUGGGGUGUGAUUGGUGGUCCGGACAAGGGUCGUAGACCCGACACUAAACCGGAUAGUCCAAGAAAGAGGAGUCCCAAGCUUGGUUCUUCAAUAUAGAUUUUUGAUGUUAAGUUCUAUCUCUGAUAUAGAUUUUUGUUGUUGUUCUUCUUGUGGUCUCCUCCAUAAUUCAUAAAACCAUUGUUAUAUUUGAGUGGUUUAAGGCUAAAUCAUCAAGGAAAUUGAAUUGUGUUUUAACUUUUCUGAUGAUAUUGAUUGCUUUUGGAGUCAAUUUGAAGAACAACAACGUAACAGUAUAAACGGCAAGUUGUUUCCUAUACUACGGCAUGAAGUGUUAAAGAGUAUGUAAAACGGCAUGCUGUGCAAGUUUUCACACGUAGGACGGCAUGAAGUGUGAGAAUCUCUUUUUAACGUUGACGACUGCAAGCAAUGGAGUCGCGUCUCAUUUUGAUUAUCGUUAAAAGGAUCGUUGUGGGGAUUUGACAGCGAAGGAGGGAGGGAGAGAGAGAUAGAGAGAUCGAAGCAGUGAUGACAGGAAGUGUGCUCAAGCUCGCGAAGCCAAAGAUCCAAUCAGUGGAUAUCCAAGCCGCCGCAGGAUGGGGCGUCGCCGCCGCAGCCGGCGCCAUCUGGGUCGUCCAACCAUUUGAUUGGAUUAAGAAGACAUUCAUUGAUAAACCCACAGCUGAAGACAAGUGAGUGAUCUUCACCGAGAUUCAAGACAAAUGGAGAGUUUCUUUCUUCCAGUUUCUAAUCUUUUGUGAUUUAGCUGAAUAAAUUUUGGUUCUUUUCUGGGGACUUGUUGUUUCAUUACUUCAUGUAGACAUUCUGUUUUCUCUAAUGUUAAUAACACAAAAAGCACAUUUUCAAAUUA